UCACUCAGUUUGCGUGUACCCCGGGCCGACGGUAGACGUCGCAUCAGCGUCGAUAAGACAUUGAUAACAUCUGCUUACUGUGUGCUACUACAUAUUAAAAUUGCAUGGUCAAUAUUCAUCAUUAUUUUACAUUACAACGACCGACGUUAAUUAUCUAUUGAUUAAUUGCUGAAAAUCCAAAGUUUAUAAGCAAUGUCGUUUGUUUAGCAUUACAUCAUCACCGGCGCGACCGAUCGAUCGGGAAUCCGGGACCAAAAUAAUUUGAGGUUAUGUUGUGUCUGCGUUUGGAGUUGUGAGUUGAGAGCAGUGAAUCAUUUUAUAACUACCUACGUUUGAUAUUGAUAAAAGUGCAAGUUACUAUGUCGUUCGGGCAUGUGUCGUGAUUUAGAUAAACUAUCCAGUUGUUUAUUUGUUGAUUAGGUACAAUCUUUUGUUUGUUGUGGUUUUGACAUCUAGACAUAAUUUUUAAGAACCAUAUUAACAAAAGUUAAUCACACCGACCGAACAGCGCUGACCAUGAAAAUAAUAGGACGUAGAUGUACUUACCUAUUUUAAACAAAUUUUCCAAAAUGCCGGCGAUACGGAUACUAGGGCGCAAGUGGCUGUUUGCAACAGACGAUUUAGUGUUUCCGAGUCUCAUCGAGAUUCCAUACAGAAUAUUUUGGUUGGCGUUCCUGUGCAUCAUAUUAAAAGAAGAAUAUUCGGCGACAUGGUUAUGCGUGAAGCCAACAAAUAUAGAUGAUGUUCGGCCAUUGAUGUUCAGGAUUUUCGCGCCUUCUGAAAUCGAUUGGAAUGGGCUCCUAACCAGGCUGUUCCUGUGCGGAACCCUGGCGCUCCAGGCUGUGUAUAUACUGUCCCUGAUUGCCCUGGCCAGUCAGUCGGGGAGAGGCACCAUCACCGACACCAGGAAGUACGUCGUGCCUUUGCUUUUGUGGAAUUUAUUCCUUAUCAUACCUGAAGUGCUACUGAAUAUUAUCGGCACUAUUUGGAUAUUUUCUGACAUGAUAUCAUGCCAGUUGACCAGCCAUUACGCGAGUGUAGUUGUCCAUAGUAUAGUGAUAAUGAACUGGGUACGUCUGGCCCUGAUGCUCCUACUCGUCUACUUGAUGUACGACCCACUGGGCACCGUCAACUAUGACGAGCUGUCGUCCUCGAAGCAAGCCUGGUUCAACCGCAAGUUGACCAAGACAUUCGCCUGGAGAUUGAAGUGGGCAUUGCUAUUACUCAGGGGUGACGAGCACAGCAAGGAAGCGAUACAAGAAAUUGCAAGGCUUCUAGCGACAUUAUUCAGAUCGUCGGAUCUCGUCCAGUCUGAUAUUAUAGCAGGCUGCAUUCUUCUUAGAAUAAGGCAAAAACGGUGGUGUAAAAUCAACGAGGGAAACCAAACUGAUGACAACCGAUAUUGCACAGACGUGUUCAAGUUCUUCGAAGGGUGCCCUCGAUGGAUGAACUUAAAAGAUGCCUUUCACUAUAUGAAUCUGUCUACGGCCGCAUACGGCUGGAUGUAUGUGCUGUUCAAAAAUUUCUUCAGCGGACUAUGUUUGAUCGCGCCCUAUAUACGAUGUUUUUGUCAACGUAUGGAACCCGACGUGACCGGCGACAACUGUUGCAUGUGCAACUACGCUGGCCUCAAAUACGUCUCCAAGGUGGCCGAUAAGGACAUCAUACAUAUUUCCUUCACUAAUAAAGUGUUUGAGGUGCCUUUCUACAUCGUAGCCGAUCACGAACGGAAGAAUAUCGUAGUGAUCAUAAGAGGGACUAUUUCUGUACCCGAUGUCUUCACGGACCUAACCGGGACUUGCGAGCCGUUUGAAGUUGAAGGUUUGCCACCCGGCAGCCGCGCCCACAGAGGCAUGGCGAUGGGGGCCGCAAAGACGAUGCAGAGGAUCAUGCCACUGCUAGAAAAGGCCUUCCAAGAGCAUCCCAACUUCGGCUUAGUUGUCACAGGUCACAGUCUCGGAGCCGCGAUUUCCAUUUUAUUGGGAAUCAGAUUAAAGCCACAUUUUCCAAAUGUCAAAGUCUUUGCGUUUUCAGCCCCAUCGGGUCUAUUAAGCCGCGAAGCGUGCAAGUACACGGAGAGCUUCGUGAUGAUGGUGGGGGUAGGUGAUGAUGUAGUGAUGAGACUGAGCAUCCUCAGCGUGGAGAGCUUCCGGGACAAGCUGGUACAAGCGCUCAACGCUACGAGGCUGCCUAAGUAUCAGAUACUGCUUAAGGGACUAGGGUACCUGUUCAGACACAUUCCCGACUCCGACCUGGACUCCGCCUGGAAGUCUCCGGACAACCUGGAAGCUAUGCUGCUUGACUCACCUGUCAUGCCUCGUGCGUUCCCGGAAUCCGAUCGAUUGUACAAUGCUGGUCGAAUAUUGCACAUAACUAAAAAUAAAUCAACAGGGAAGUCGGAACCCAAGUACAGAAUGACAUGGGCAUCGCCCGAGGAGUUCCGUGACAUAAUGGUGAUGCCGAGGAUGCUGUUCGACCACAUGCCUGAGAAUGUGCACCACGCCAUCAAGACAGCUCUAGAAGAACAUCGUGCCAAUCCUGUGAUAGACUUGUAGCGGGGGCGAGGUAAUUAUGCUCGACCGCCACAAAAGGAAGAUGUUGCGCCUGGGGAACCGCACGGCUCCAACGGUGUCAUGUCGGAGGUUGUAUUUAUGCUUCCAAUCGAAAACGCACUGGUCUGACGUCUAAAGUGAUGUGUUUGACAUAAAAAAAUAUUCCUUAUAUUUUGUGAUCGUAUUACUUAGAUUUAAUUAGGUAAAUCGUUGUUUAUGUCAGGCAUACACCAGUUGCCUAUCCAAUCCAAUGUAUCAAUUGUUCAAACUAUUAUUAACAUUUACGUGGUAUAUUAUUUACUAACUGCUUCGCAGCAUACUGUCCAUGCUGCGAAGCAGUUAGUUUAUGGACUAAGUAUACAAACAUAACAAUAGGCGCAGCGGACGGGCGGUUUUCUUAACUUGUUUUAGAAAAUUGGCGCUCCGGACCCGGCUAGAUAUUUUUAUUUACUUGUGUGAUGUUAUUGAAUCUCAUGUCGACCUGUUUUUUAUUUUAUUGUAAUAACAACCUAUUGGAUUUUUUUCUUUGGAUCGGAUCGUCUUCUACUCCAGUUUUAUUUACUUAACGACAUUUUUAUAAGUGAAUUAAAAUUUAUAUUAUAGAAGUGCCAUAAUUUACUAACAUAGGGUUUAAACCUUCAUAUUAUGAUCGCCAACAAAAUUAGAUCGUGAUUUUAUAUGUGUUAAAAAGUGAAAUUUCUCGUAGUGUACGUGCCUUUCUAAGUUGUGUGCAAUGAAAAUGUAUAGUAAAGAGUAAGAGGUGUAUAGUAUGCCCUUGCAGUGGUACAAAUAUGGUGAAAAGAUUUCAGAUUUGGUAUAAAAGCGCCUGAUCACUUUGCAAUCUGUCGUGCCAGAAAGGGGUGCAAAUAUAUAUGAUAGAGAAGUAGUUAGGACUAUAUGUGUAAUCUAUAAUAUGAAAAUCUGCAUCCUUUUCUUUCAUCAAAUUACAGUCAGUCAUUAAUUAAUAUUGCUAGUCAAAUUGCGAAGUAAAUAGGCGCUUUGAAAUGAUAUCGCGUCCCGAUUUGUCAAAGCACGAUAUAAAUAAAUGUGACGUUUCAGAGAUAAGAGUACCUAUACUAAUUCCGUGACUUUAGCUUAGUAUCUUACCCGUGGAAUGUCACAAAUGUGUUUUGGAACCAAAACACGUACACUGUGAGUAAUGGUUGAAUCAACCAAGUUGACUGAAUUGUUGUCGAUACAAGUAAGCACCAAGUGUUUUUAUCUUUUGUAUAAUUAUAUUUGUAUGUGUAAGUUUAAUAUUAUAUAAUGUCAAGGGCUGUAUUUAAAUAAAUCUCAUAUUCCAAAAUUGAAA